GGCCUCACACACCUCUCACACUGUUUUCGUCACUGAGUUCAGACGAACACACCAGCAGCGGCCAUCUUACUUCCUCAAAAAAAAAAAAAAACUUAAGUCCCAAAGAAAAACAGAAUCAAUCCCUGGAUACAUGGGUGACCACAUCAAUGACAGUCAUGGAGCAUUAAAUCAAGGGGCUACGACAAACAAGCUAGACGCAGCUAUAGGGAACAGGAAACUGAAGUGAGGAGCUUCCUGUGACUGCAUCUUCUGCUGAUCUCCAGCGAGACCCUUGACUCCUCGCUGAGGAGACAUGGAGGACCAGGGGGAUGCUGGGAUUGAGGGUUUGUUGGCACCCAGCCCACAAAGUGAGGCUGUAAUCCACGAGAUGGGUGAACUAACCCUGCACCCCAACCAGAGGCUGCCCCCUCUCAACGAGCGCAAAAAUGUUCUCCAGCUGAGACUACAGCAGAGACGCACCCGCGAGCAGCUCGUUGAUCAGGGCAUCAUGCCACCCCUGAAGAGCCCUGCAGCGUUUCACGAACAGAUCCGCAGCCUUGAAAGAGCCAGGACUGAAAAUUUCCUAAAGCACAAAAUACGCAGCCGCCCAGAAAGGGCCGAGUUGGUCCGCAUGCACAUCUUACAAGAGACUGUGGCGGAGCCUUCUCUGCAGGCCACCCAGCUAAAACUGAAGAGAGCUCGAUUGGCUGAUGACUUAAAUGAAAAGAUCGCUCAACGCCCUGGCCCCAUGGAGCUGGUGGAGAAGAACAUCCUACCUGUGGACUCCAGCGUCAAGGAAGCCAUCAUUGAUGGUCAGAUGCAGUACCCCAGAAUUCUAGAGGAACCAAUAGAUGAGGACAGUGGAGAUGCGUUUUCACCUGAGCAGCCAGGCAGUCAGGAGUCCCAGGGAUCUGCAGCCUCACCUGGGGAGGUCCGGACCAUAGAGGAGUUCUCACCAGUGCCCAAUAACUUGUUACAGCACUUUCCUACAAUCACCACCACUUCGACAGAUUUCCUCAAGCCUUUUUCCACCAGUGAGCAAUCAGUUAGUCCUCCAGCACCCAUGCCACAGCUAGUCACCGUAGCCCCUGUGAAGUCUGGGCCCACACUUGUAAAGCAGAGUCAGCCUAAGCUACCUGGGGACAAGAGCCGUAGUAAGAAGAGCAAGGAGGCCAAGCCACGUGUGAAAAAGUUGAAAUAUCAUCAGUACAUUCCCCCAGACCAGAAACAAGAACCCAACCAAGCCCCGAUGGACUCUUCAUAUGCUCGUUUACUACAACAACAGCAGCUAUUUUUGCAGCUACAGAUCCUGAGCCAACAGCAACAGCAGCACUACAACUACCAGACCAUCCUUCCUGCACCUCUCAAGCCUGUGAUAGAGGGCCAAAACAGCAGUGCCACAGUCGCUAUUAACAGCACCAGCAGCCUUCCUGCCUCAAUUGUGGUGUCUCUGCCCACAGCAACACCUGUGCGGCCCAAUAGCACCCUUUCCAACCGUAAGGCUGGCACACUACCAGCCAACUUGGAGGAGAUGAAGGUGGCAGAGCUGAAAAUGGAAUUAAAGUUACGUGGUCUUCCAGUGUCAGGAACAAAAACAGACCUUAUUGAACGACUUAAGCCUUUCCAAGAAAACCCUGUCACUACUGCACCCAACAACUCCACAGGACCUAACACACAGCCCUGCAGCACACCUAUGGAGGUGUCCAGCACCACUACAAGCCUCUCCCCCAUCCAGCAGCCCACUGAAAAUAUGAGCUCCACUCCGCCUGUGUCUCCUGGUUCUUUAGAGCUUCACAACAGAGAAGAAACAUCCGUGCAGGGACAGGCAGAGGCCCAAAAAAACAGUUUAGUAAAGGCAGCUCAUGUUCCCGAGGAGCAGGACCGGAGACUACAUGAAAAGGAGCGACAAAUCGAGGAACUGCUGCGUAAACUGGAGCAGGAGCAGAAGCUGGUGGAGGAACUGAAGAUGCAGCUGGAGGUGGAGAAAAGGAGUGGACAAGUCAUUCCACCUGCUGAAAAUUUUUCCAGUCCAGCCACCAUGUUGACAUCUGUCAAAACAGAAAACACUGUCCCUUCCAACUGCACACUGAGUUCACACACUACACCAACGCUGGUGAAGCUCGAGGAAGCCCACCCCAGCCAGGUGACAGCUACCCCUCUCCGUCAGUUCAUUAUCAGCCACCAAGGGGUGCCACAGGUCAUAGGGCAGCCCCAGACUCUGUUGACCACUCCGCAUGGUGGCACUCAGAUCCUUCUUCCAAUGCCCUUGGCAAAUAAUACCACUACCAUCCAGCUGCCCAACACUAAUGUCAAACUACAGCCGGUCUUGCAGGCUCUUUCUCCAUCAGGCACAGGUCUAAUUCAGACCCCCCAGCUACAGCCCACCAAAGCAGAGAGUCCCACAUCACAACAGCUGCUCAGUCACAACCACAUAGUUCAGACUCUGCCUGUGGGCACCACCGAGAGGUCAGGUUUCCAGCAUGGUACCAGUGAGAACCCAGCAGGCCUGGAGAUACCUCAGUGCUUCCUCAGCAGCUCCCCAGAGAACAGGAUCUCACCUCAGACGUCCCCCAUCUCAUCAUCCCUUAUCAAUGGGCCACUAAACAAGGCCUUCAUCCAGCAGUCCCCAGUUUUCAACCAGACGCCCAAGAACAGAGAGCCGCCCCGCUAUGAGGAGGCCGUCAAACAGACCCGCAGCCUACAGAAUCCCGCUAUCUCAGAGAUUCCCACAGCGACAAGUCAACAGAUGGAUGAUCUCUUUGACAUUUUAAUAGAAAGUGGAGAGAUUACUCCCUUUAGUCAACAGGACCCAUCUGUGCCUAAGAUGAUGCCCGUCACGGCCAGCAUCACCACCCUGCCUGUCAACACCGCCCUGUCCCGACCGCCCGCCCAGGUGCAGAUGGCACCCCCUCCGGCGCUCAUUAUGGAGCCUAUGCCUAGCCUGGCCUCCCUGGACUCCGAUAACCAGUUGGAGGCUUUGCUGGAGGGCACGCUGGUUGGGGACGCAGAGCCGGAGCAGAGGACUUUGGGCCUGUUAGAGGAGCUGCAAAACCAGAUGCUGGAGCAGCCAAACUCCCCAAUGGACACUUGUGAGCUGAGUUUCACUGACCCACCUGCGCCUUCCUCCUCCACCCUGUCCUUUAGUCUCCAAGACACCGGCCUGGAUAACAUGGAGUGGCUGGACCUCACUAUGCCCGGGCCUAUAGGUGGACUCAACCCGCUGGGCAUGACCUCUGAAUUCCUGGACACUCAUGACCUGCAGCUGCACUGGGAGUGAGAGGAAUCACUUCCAACACAAAUAAACUUUCACUCGCACAACAAGCCGUCUGUCUGUGGGGCGUACAUGAGGGGAAAUAGGGAUCGUCUGUGUGGCGGUGGUUCACGUCUGGCAGCUUCAUGUGACUAGACUUCACUUCACUUAUGCUGGUUUUAUACACCAUCUGUUCUCGUUCACAUUAACGCUCACGUUUGACCAGAGAUCAGAAUAGACACUAGAGCCUUGUGGGUAAUGCUGACUAGUUCCUGAAUGUGCUCUCUUUGCUGUGCCAUACUGAGAGGGAGCAGCUUUUGGGCAGAUUGAAUUCUGCUGUAUUGCUAUUUCGUUUUUGUUUUUUUCAUUCAUGUGCCAUUGACAUCAGAUGUCAGUCUAUAAAUAUGGCUAAUUUUGAGGGAAGGCUGUCAAUUCCAGACAUAGCGGCAUCACAGUAGACUUUGCUUUGUUUGCACAAAAUUGAAAAUUACGUUGAUCAACAAUGCUAUUAGUGCUGCGGUCCAUAAGCAUGAGUGUCCGUUUGGAGGAUGAGAAUGUCACACUCAUCCUGGCAGUCAAGUUACAUUUCCCAGAAGCCCAUUUUUCAACGCUGACUGCAAGAUUUGGUGGCAGAUACACUACCGUUCAAAAGUUUGGGGUGCAUAAGAUUUUUUAUUUUAUUUUUUUAAGAAAUUGCUGUUAUUCAGCAAGGAUGCAUUAAAUUGAUCAAAAUUGACAAUAAAGACCUUAAAGUGUUAGUUCACCCAAAAAUGAAAAUUCUGUCAUUAAUUACUCACCCUCAUGUUGUUCCACACCCAUAAGACCUUUGUUCAUCUUCGGAACACAAAUUAAGAUAUUUUUGAUCAAAUCCGAUGGCUCAGUGAGGCCUCCAUUGCCAGCAAGACAAUUAACACUUUCAAUGCCCAGAAAGCUACUAAAGACAUAUUUAAAACAGUUCAUGUGACUACAGUGAUUCAACCUUAAUGUUAUGAAGCGAAAAGAAUGCUUUUUGUGCGCCAAAAAAACAAAAUAACGACUUUAUUCAACAAUAUCUAGUGAUGGGCGAUUUCAAAACACUGCUUCAUGAAGCUUCGAAUCAGUGGUUCAGAGCGUGUAUUAAACUGUCAAAGUCUCACACCCCCCAGUGGUGAACCAUUGAAAUUUCGAAACAGUUAUGACAUAACGAAGUCUCAUUUACUGAAAUCACGUGACUUUGGCAGUUUGAUACGCGCUUCAGUAGCUUUCUGGGCAUUGAAAGUGUUAAUUGUCUUGCUGGCAAUGCAGGCCUCACUGAGCCAUCGGAUUUUAUGAAAAAUAUCUUAAUUUGUGUUCCGAAGAUGAAUGAAUGUCUUACGGGUGUGGAACAACAUGAGGGUGAGUAAUUAAUGACAGAAAUUUCAUUUUUGGAUGAACUAACCCUUUUGAACUUUAUAUAUUCAUAAAAGAAUCCUGAAAUAAAUAUAUAUUACAGUUUCCACAAAAAUAUUAAGCAGCAUAAGAGAUGAACUGAUAUAUCGGCCAAUAAUCGGUAUCGAUAGUUUAAAAACAGCCAAUAGUCAGGGCCGAUAUAUCCUGUCAAUCAAAAGAGGGCAGGAAAAUGCACUGAAUUUGUGCUUUGUGUAAAGAACAUGCUAAGAAACCAGUUUGGUGUUCAAUAUUAAUAGUAAUUAUAUGAAUUAAUAACAUUCAGAAAGUUAAUAAAUAUUAAUUUAAUCUUCAGAAUUUAGUUAAUGUGUUUAGUAUUAAUUUGAGUAAUGUGUUUGUUUAUAACUGAGACCAGUUACUCUGAAACAAGUUGAUGAAAUCAUUAUAUGAAAAUAUAAUGAUUAUUUAUUAAUUAUAAUGAAAUUAUCAUUAAUUUAAAAGAAGGUAUAAAAAGCAGAACCCCCAGACUAUCGGUAUCGGCAGAUAUCGCUCUGAAUAAUCGCCUAUCGGUAUCGGUGCAUCUCUAAGGAUAACUGUUUUCAACAAUGAUCUCACAAUAUUACUUUUUAACUGUAUUUCUGAUCAAAUAAAUGCAGCCUUAGAGACUUAAGAGACUUCAUUAUGGCUUCAAACUUCAAAAAUUACCCUAAAUGCUUGAACGGUAGUUUGACGCAGAAGAUAUAUAUAUAUAUAUAUAUAUAUAUUAUUAAAAUGUAAACUUUUUACCCUCUCUUUCUUUUUGUAAUCUAAUUUUAAAGACAGUCAUAUUGUUUGAAGGAUGACUGACUGCAGACCAGAGGAAUCAAUUCAUGGUUUAUUCAUGGUUUAAGUAGCUGGAAUAUCAGAUUCAUAAAUGGCCAAUCUUGGAUGAGUUUGCCAAGAGCAUUUGGCUUGAUGUGGAUUAAGAAUCGCAGACAGAUUCAUUUCUUCAGUCCUAGAAACAUGAAAACCUAUUUUGAAGACUUAAUUUAUGUCAUGGAUCAGCUCUCAGUUUCAGCCAAAUGAAAAAAAAAAUAACGUCCAAUUUUGAUUAACAGUUAUAUACUGUUGUGAAAGGGUCUGAAAUGAAUCAAAUUUGAUGUAAAUAAUCUACGAGAACUAAUAUUUGUAUAAAAAAAGAAAAGAAAAAAGAAAAACUGUCACGUCUGACUUGUUGGAUGUCCAACCCCUUGUUUGUGUGUAUGUGAAUUGUGAAGUGUGUUCUUCACUUCAGUGGAAUGUUGUGUGUUCGACUCAAUUGAUUUUAGGUGCAUCAUACUGUAAGGACGUUCUAGUUCCAGAAAUUUUUCCCACACUUUUCUCAGUUUGGUUCGCACAGUGGUCACUAUAUUUUGCGUUAUGUGCUUCUUAUUGAUGCCAUGGAACAAAGCUCCGUUAGAGACGCUGCUUUUAGAAAGAGAUUAUGUAAAUGAAGCCAUCAGAAGUGACAACUGACACUAAAUACAGUGAUCUCUCUAACAGCACUAUAUGUUAUGUAUGAACAUAGAGGAUCUUUGUACUGUUUAUUCCUCCUGUAAAUGGAGUUUUGAAAAUGCUCUCUGGGGUUGUUUCAGAAGCAAACCAGACGGUUGAAGUGGUUACUGAUGACUUUACUGCAUGCUAAAUGUCACUGGCAGCUUAAUAAUUCAUUUGUUGAGGGAGUCUGAGAACAUAAUGAUCCAGAUUUGUCUGCUUUCAUUGUUCUGAAAAUUUUAGCAGGCCUGUUUUGUCAGGUUCUUGUACUAAAUAUCUGUGUGUGUGUGUGUUUGUAUGCUUGAGCGUCUUUGUCUGUUUUGCUGCCUUUUUGUUCGAAAUCAGACCAUCCAAAUGAAAUAUCUUUGUAAAUGAACAACAUUAUAUAUAUAUAUGAAAAUAUCUUGGCAGCAUGUGAAUAAUCAAAUUGAUGUGAUAUCUUUCAGAGAAACUUCCUCUUGUUGAUUUUCUUUUUAGCCCUUUCUGAUUUUAUCUAUGUUUUUUCUUUCAUGUUGUCAGCCACCUCAUGGAAAAAAAUUAUUAUUCGUAUAUAUAUAUAUAUAUAUAUAUCCUGUUCUGACGUGACUCCUUUCCAUUCAGCAAGGCAAUAUGCGUCCACUGGCUUUGAACUCACCUCUCUCAAAUGUGAAGCGAGUUUUGUUUGAUCCAAAGGGGGUUUCAAUUAUACGUUAUUUGUACAAGAUGUACAGCACUUUCCUGCUGCAGUGACGAACUGCUCAUCACAGUUAGAUCAACCGCACAGCGUUAAAGCACCUUUACAGAUGAGCUUUUAUAAAAGAAAACUUUUAUCAGCUUUUUGUGCUUCAGUGUUACAUGUGUCGUCCACUCAAAAGUCGGAUGAUUAACGAUGCUCAUCGGCUUAGUUUUUAAGGCUUUGUACUGUUUGCUCUGCGUACUGUCCAAAUUGUGGCCUCUCCAGGGAAGUAAAAAUGCCAAAUACUAGUCUCAACUAGUAUAAUCAUUCACUGCUGUGUGUAGCUAUGGGGACAAAUUUAUAAGGAAUAAUACAUGUGUCUGACUGUUCAGAGCCAUUUGUGGCAUUACUGACCGCUGUUAUUAUGCAGCCUGGAGCAAUUUUUUAUGUACCCCUAUUAAACUAUUAUUCUGACAAGCAAGUGAAGGAGAAAGACUAGUAUACACUGACAUCGCUAGAUUUCCAUCAUGUGAUGCCUCUUGUGUUUUAGAGCUUCUGUGGGUUUCAAAUGACCAAAGAGGCCAAAUAUUGUACUAUGCCACUUCAUGUAGAUAUAUACACUACCUUCAAAAGUUUGGGGUCAGUUUUUUUUUUUUUUUUUUAAAGAAAUUAAUACCUUUAUUCAGCAAGGAUGCAUAAAAUUGAUCAAAAGUAUCAGUAAAGACAUUUACACUGUUAGAAAAUAUUUCUAUUUCAAAUAAACGCUGUUCUUUUGAACUUUCUGCUCAUCAAAGAAUUCUAAAAAAAAAAAUGUAUCAAGGUUUCCACAAAAAUAUAAAGCAGCACAACUGUUUUUAACUUUAAUAAUAAUAUGCUUUUUAUUUCUUAAAGGUGCAAUGUGUAAGAUUUGGGAGGAUCUAUUCACAGAAAUGCAAUAAACAUAACUAUGUUUUCAGUGGUGUACAAAGACCUUACAUAAUGAACCGUUAUGUUUUUAUUACCUUAGAAUGAGUAUCUACAUACACCGCGGGUCCCACUUCCAUGUCAAGUUGUCAUUUUGUGCCGGCAUGUUUCUACAGCAGCCCUAAACGGACAAACACUCUAUAGAGCGCGUUUCAUCGCUAUGUUGUUGUUCUUCUAAAUCGUUCGAGUGUUUAGAGGCAGCUUGCAUCGUCAAUACGUUGAAUACGCACAAAGAAGUAGUAGUAGUCGUCUGGUUUAUUAGAAGCAGAGACCGUUCUUUGUUAGAAGUAAGAAGAAACCUCAUUGCUUGGCUGGCUAAUGAACUCUCUGCUGUCUCAGACGAUGACAUCUUUGACUAAUGUUGGCCAGACGGCCACCGUAGCUUCUCUAUUUUGCUUCAAAAGGGAGGGGUGAGCUGCCUUUGGUUGCAGUUCGCAACCUCACCGCUAGAUGCCGCAAAAAUUUACACACUGCACUUUUAAGCUGCAAAUCUGGAUAUUAGAAUGAUUUCGGAAGUAUCAUGUGACACUGAUAACUGGAGUAAUGGCUGCUGAAAAUUCAGAUUUGCCAUCACAGGAAUAAAUUACAUUUUAAAAAAUAUUUAAAAUAGUAAUAUUAUGAAAUAUUAUUACAGUAAAGGCUGAUAAAAUAAAUGCAGCCUUUGUGAGAAUAAUUCUUUCAAAAUCAUUGAAAAAUCUUACUGAUUCCAAACUUUUGUAUGGUAGUGUAGGUGGUUGAGGAUUUUUCUUGGAGAAAAUGUUUAAUCUUUAUUGGAUUUAGGUGAUUGUAAAAAGGUUGGAGAUGAAGAGUUAAUACAAGUGUCACGUUUGCUGUUUAAUAGUGCAGUUGGAGAGUAAAGCAAUAACUUGCAUUUUAUAUACAGUGCUGUAUUGUAUACGGUAUAUGCAGUAGAUGAGAUAUCAGAGCAUCUCUUCAGUUUUACGUCAUCUAUUUGCAUGAACGUCUGUUGUGGCUGAGCUCUGGAAACCUGUGGCUUGCGUUUUUGCCAUUUAGGAUGUCAAAGCUCAGCUCCUGUUAAGCUUCAUGUAGAGAUUUAGGAUUCCUCAUUUUCAACAACGUCUGCUGGACUCAUCUAGAUAUCAUGCUCUUUAUCAAAUAUUAAUGUAUAUUAUGUAUCAGUGGUGAUGACACUGGGCAAUAUUUCCUGCCGCCUUUGAACAUGCUCCAAAGCGGGAGAUCAAUCAUCAUUUGUAUGCCAUAUGUUUUGCACAUUGUGUACAUAUUUCAAUGGAUGUAGUACAUAUUUUUAUACAUGUUUGGCGCAUCCAUGAGCUAUAUUUUGUGAAUAGUUUUAAAGAUACAAGUAUAUAUACGCCAUCACGUGUCAAUAGAUGUAUUGUGAAAAUACUGUCGUAGAGGAUGUUUUAGAGUCUCUUAAAUAUAUCAGAGGAAUGACAUGCAAAA